AUGACAGGCAGGCGCGGCGGCGGCGGCGGCGGCGGCCCCCUCUGCUUUAACCCGGAAAACGACGAAGACGCUCGGGCCAAGGAAGAGCCGCCACCGCCGCUCUUCGGGUGGCCGAAAAACCCAGAGCCCUCUAAUCUAAGAAGGGCAGAUGAGGAGGAAAUGGAAAAUGCCACCUCAGGGACACAGUUUGUUCUCCUGGGCUUCCUGAGCCACACAAAGCUAGCAACCAUCUCUUUUGCUCUCAUCCUAGCCAUGUUCAUUGUCACUCUACUGGGAAACAGCCUCCUCCUGAUGGUAACCCAAGUGGAUGUAAGUCUGCAAACUCCUAUGUACUUCUUCCUCGGUCAACUGUCCUUUGUGGAUAUGUGCCAAGUCCUUGUUAUCGUUCCCAAAGCAGCAAAGGAUUUUGUAACACAGCAGAAAACCAUUUCACUUAUGAGAUGCGCGGCCCAAAUUUUCCUCACCCUGAAUCUGGGAGGAGCAGAAUGCCUGCUGUUGGCAGUCAUGUCGUAUGACCGGUAUGUCGCCAUUUGCCAGCCCCUGAACUAUCUGGUCCUCAUGAGGAAGAAAAUCUGUGUAGUCCUGUCAGCAGGAGCAUGGAUUUUAUCUUUUCAUUAUGCACUGAUAAAAGCUGUUUAUUUGCUGCCUCUCACAUACUGUGGAUCAAACAUGAUAAACCAUUUUUUCUGUGAAUUCGACACUGUGAUAGGAUAUUCCUGUUCAGAUACAUCCACCUUUGAGAAAGUGUCGCUCCUCCUCGGUAGCUCCUUACUGCUGCUUUUCCCCUUCUCAGUCAUCGUGACCUCCUACAUCGCCAUCCUCUUGCAAAUUUUGAGGGCAAGGCGUUCAGGUGAAAGAAGCCACAAAGCAUUGGGCACCUGUUUGUCCCACCUGUGCGUGGUAGGCAUCUUCUACGGGUCAGCCAUCCUGAGGCACCUAAAGCUAAGAUCCUACUACUCAGGGGAGAUGAGCCAGAUUUUUUCCCUAUUCUGUACCAUUUUCACAUCCACAGUGAAUCCCUUCAUAUAUAGCCUGAGAAAUCGGGAUGUAGUAGCAGCACUCAGAAAACUCUGUAGAAGCUGA